CAAUCUGCUUCAUCUUGAUUCUGCAGCAUUCCAAACUGUGGUAUCCUUGGGGUUCUCUUAACAUUGCUAUGGUGCAGAAGAUUUAAAAUCAGCUGAUGUUCACAAGGAAUAGAGUCACGUGAUGUAUGAAGGGAAACAUAUACACUUCUCUGAGGUUGACAAUAAGCCCUUGUGCUCAUAUAGCCCCAAACUGUGCAAGCAGCGGCGACUCAACGGCUACGCUUUCUGUAUCAGACACGUUCUGGAGGACAAGACUGCUCCCUUCAAGCAAUGUGAAUAUGUGGCCAAGUAUAACAGCCAACGCUGCACCAACCCCAUCCCCAAAUCAGAGGAUCGUAGGUACUGCAACAGCCACUUGCAGGUACUUGGCUUUAUCCCGAAAAAAGAGAGGAAGAAAAAGAAUGAUCCUAUAGAUGAGGUAAAGGUCAGGCACCAGAUGGAUACCAUGGCCUUUAGCCUGACGGUGCCCACGUUGGCCUUGAAGAUGCCCAAUGGACUGGAUGGAAUGUCCCUCUCUCCACCAGGGGCAAGGGUCCCUCUCCACUACCUGGAAACUGAGUUAGAAGACCCAUUUGCUUUCAACGAGGAAGAUGAUGACCUAAAGAAAGGGGCAACUGUGAGAAAGAAGUUGCAGAGCAAGUUGGCCCAGAAUCGGCAACGCCAGAGAGAGACAGAGAUUUUAAAAGUUCGGCAAGAGCACUUUAGUCCCCCUCCUGCACCGUCACAGCAGCAGGCCCCGCAGCAGCACUCCCACCUGCCACCUCUAUCCACUUCUUUGAAACCUCCAGCGCCACCGCAGGGUUUAGUCUGCAAGUCACCUCAACCUCAGAACACCAGCCUACCAAUGCAGGGAGUGGCACCCACCACACACACUAUAGCACAAACAAGGCAGUUGUCUCAUAAGAGAUCUCUGCCCCUCCUGCCAUCUAGUAGGGCUCCUGUCACGGACCCACCCAGGACUGACCGGGUCCUUAUGAAAGCCACAGCCUUCUCUCCACGCUUUUCUUGUAUAAGUCGACUGCAGAGACUGGUGAAACUGUGCACCCAGAAACAUCAGUUGGAUACUGAUCUGUUUCCCCAUUUAGGGUUGGACUGGUCAGAAGAGAGUGGGGAGGAACUGGAGGACUCAGAGCAGGCCUCACCAUACCAGGUGGCAUGGUCCAUCCGAGAAACCCUCAGAUAUGAAAGACACGCGUCAGAUGAUGAUGAUACAGAGAGUAGGAGCUCCAGGGUGACCCAACUUUGCACUUACUUUCAGCAGAAAUAUAAGCAUCUCUGCCGCCUAGAGCGGGCAGAAUCUCGUCAAAAGAAAUGCCGGCAUACGUUUAGGAAAGCCUUGCUGCAGGCGGCCAGUAGAGAGCCGGAAUGCACCGGGCAGUUAAUACAAGAACUGCGGAGAGCUGCGUGUAGUCGAACCAGCAUAAGCCGGACCAAGUCGAGAGAGGGAGAGCCAGCAGCAUGUAGUGGAACUGUGAAGGGUGAACCCUGCACGAACAAAGCCCUUCCGUUCACCAGACAUUGUUUCCAACAUAUCCUCUUGAACCGCUCUCAGCAGCUCUUCUCAAGUUGCACGGCCAAGUUUGCAGACGGACAGCAGUGCUCUGUGCCAGUUUUUGAUAUUACACACCAGACACCUCUGUGUGAAGAACAUGCCAAAAAAAUGGAUAAUUUCUUGAGAGGAGAUAGCUCUCGUAAAGUUCAGCACCAGCAACAGAGGAAACCCAGGAAAAAAACAAAGCCUCCUGCACUUACCAAAAAACACAAAAAGAAGAGAAGGCGUGGACCUCGUCGACCCCAAAAACCCAUUCCCCCUGCAGUGCCCCAAGGGAACCUCAGCAUGCCCGCCAGCGUCUCACUGCCAGUGGAGGCCACCCAGAUCCGGAGCCCAUCCACGCCAGAGCUGAGUGCUGAUGAGUUGCCGGAUGACAUUGCCAACGAGAUCACUGACAUUCCACAUGACUUGGAAUUGAACCAGGAGGACUUCGCAGACGUCCUGCCACGGCUGCCUGAUGACUUACAAGAUUUUGAUUUUUUUGAAGGAAAGAAUGGAGACCUCCUCCCGACUACCGAAGAGGCUGAGGAACUUGAACGGGCCUUGCAGGCUGUAACUUCUCUCGAGUGCCUGAGUACCAUUGGGGUACUUACCCAGUCAGAUGGUGUGCCAGUCCAGGAGCUGUCAGAUAGAGGGAUAGGGGUGUUCUCCACAGGUACUGGAGCUUCAGGAAUUCAGUCCUUGAGCCGAGAAGUAAACACAGACCUCGGGGAGCUAUUGAAUGGGCGUAUAGUACAUGAUAAUUUUUCUAGUCUCGAGCUGGAUGAGAACCUGCUCCGUUCUGCUACCUUGUCUAACCCACCUACACCCCUGGCAGGGCAGAUCCAGGGGCAGUUCUCUGCCCCAGCCAACGUUGGCCUUACUUCUGCCACUCUGAUCAGCCAGAGUGCACUUGGGGAGAGAGCCUUCCCAGGACAGUUUCAUGGACUUCAUGAUGGCAGCCAUGCCUCCCAGAGGCCACAUCCUGCCCAGCUGCUGAGCAAGGCAGAUGACCUAAUCACCUCACGACAGCAAUACAGCAGUGAUCAUUCACACUCCUCGCCCCAUGGAAGCCAUUAUGAUAGUGAGCACGUGCCGUCUCCCUACAGUGACCAUAUCACCUCUCCCCACACAUCUUACUCUGGUGAUAAUAUGGCAGCUACCUUCUCAGCAGAGAUGCCCAUCAUGGCGCAACACCUGCUCCCAACCCAGCUUGAGGUGCCACUUGGAGGAGUGGUAAACCCCAGAACUCACUGGGGUAAUCUCCCUGUCAACCUCGGGGAUCCCUCACCAUUUAGCAACCUUCUUGGCGCAGAUGGACAUCUUCUUUCCACUUCCCUAUCCACGCCACCCACCACCUCGAACUCAGAGACCACACAGCCUGCCUUCGCCACCGUGACCCCCAGCAGCUCCAGUGUGCUUCCGGGGUUACCACAGACCAGCUUCAGUGGCAUGGGGCCUUCUGCUGAACUAAUGGCCUCCACCUCCCCCAAGCAGCAACUCCCUCAGUUCAGCGCAGCCUUUGGCCACCAGCUGAGUUCUCACAGUGGCAUUCCUAAGGACCUUCAGCCCAGCCACAGCUCUAUAGCCCCUCCUACAGGCUUCACAGUAACAGGUGCCACAGCUACAAGUACCAAUAAUGCAUCUUCUCCCUUUACCUCCCCUAACUGAGCGUGUCUGUGUGCUUGCAGGCAGGUGGGGAACCCGUGUUUUCUAUCUUUGUUUCCUCUUUAACACACCUCUCCCCUUUUCCUACAGAAGAUUUUAAAAUAACAGAGGGGGACUAGAGGGGAACCCGUUUUCCCAGUUAAGCAAGUUGCCCUGCAGCGGAUCUUGCUUCAGUGUUCACAUGUGCUCCUUUGCACUGGUGCUCAUUCCCUCCUGGCAGGUUCACCCAACCCCCACGGCGUCCUUAG